AAUAAAAUAAAAUUCAAAUUCAAAUCCACUUCACACAUUCUGACUAUCAUGGUGGAAUGCGAAGCUCCCUCUUUCUCUCUAGGGCUCGAAUUCGACGACAGCCCCCCUCCUUCUCUAAAACACACCCCCCUCGACCACGACUACCUGCUCUCACUAGAAGUUCCAGACUCCGAUCCUGAAACCCUACCUGAUCCUCCACGCCGUACCCUCAAACGCCUCCGCCGAGGUCUCCGUUCAUCCGCCCAAACGAACCCUCCUUCUUGCUUCGACGCCGCCGAUGAAGAGGAUGAUAUCGAGGAAUUCUCGCAAGAAGAUCCGGUUCAAGUAUUUGCACAUUCCUCGGUUCGGAAUCAUUCUAUAUUUAGAAGCUCAAAAGUAUCAUUGAAAGGUGCUGGAGUUUUAACUCCUCAUCCAUCUAGGGAGAAAAAAAGAAAGCAGUCUUCGGAUAGUCCAGCUUCUGUUGUGUUGGAAACGGGCCAGAGUUGUUUUGUGUUUCCAAAAUUAGCGGCUAGUCCUCCUCGCAUCUUUCAAUUGCUUGAUUCUGAUGACGAUGAUUUGGUUGGUAAGGAUGUUGAUAAUGAAAAUAAAGUUGGCCCUUCCUCGUCGACAAGGCCAGUAUGUAACCGAAGCACACCUUUGACUUCUUCAGAACAAGAUAGAAAGACACAAUCUGAUGUGAACAAGAAUCAUGAUUUAUGGAAAGAUCUUUCUCCGGUGAAGAAUUUUUCCGUUCCUACACCUGCAUUCAACAAGGUGUGUGAAGAAUACUUUCAUUCUGCCAAAAACACACAAGUGCCAAAAUCAGGGAUUGGAAUAUCCGAAAAUCACAAUGAGACAUUUCGUGGGGUUAAUUCUGGAUACCAAAAGGAUGAACAGAUCUGGGAUGCAGUAGGUCCUCCUCCUCCUGCUCAUCGUUAUUUUUUCCACGAGGAUCCAAGAAUUCAGCAGUUGGUUCGCAGUCGCCUGCAUAAUUUUUCUCCAUUAGGUGUCAUCAAAGUGGAUCAGCAACAAGAUGUCUCACAUAUCGAUUACUUGGGACAAUUCGACAAUCGAAGAGCUUCUAAAACGCCGAGUGUUCCGAAAGGACGUGGUAAUGGCUCGACAAGCAGAAAAAGCAAAUCAAAAAAAUUGAACAUUGAGGAAACGUUUAAUGAUUUUGAAGGUUGGGUGAAUCCUGAAAUCAUUUCUUCUAGUAGUAGAAACAAAACAACAAAGAGAAACAGCACUAAGAGGAGUGUGUCAAAAAGUAAAAAUGAAAAAAGCAAAUUAAACUCUUCAAAUGUUUCUGGAAAUUGGGUGGAACCCAAGAGCUGCUCCAGUAUGCCGAAAGAUGCAAGUGAAAGGCGCGUACAAGCAAGCAGUCAAUCUGCUGGUCAUUGGUAUACAGGAUCUGAUGGAAGAAAGGUUUAUGUAAGCAAAAGUGGGCAGGAGUUGACUGGCCGAAAUGCUUAUAGACAAUAUCGGAAGGAGAGUGGAACAGGAGUCAAGAAAUCCAACAAGAAAACAAGUACCAAGAAGGGAAAUUAAUUAUUUGAUGCACCACAUUAAAUCACUUUUGAACAGCAUCCUGUAAAUUACUUGUUGAUCUUAUAGCUAGUAUUACCCGAUAGGUUCGAUUGUGUUCAGUUGCGAUAAACUUAUGGAGUUGUGUUUCUGGAUGGGGUAAAGAAGUUGUCAAUCUAGCAUUUUGGGUCACAUGAUUUGGGUUUUUUGUUGCUUAGUGAAGUUUUAAAGCAAAACAAUUCUCACUGUAAUGAGCUUUAACCAAGUGGUUCUGUAAAGUGCACCAAGAUCCACGGUCUUUCUACCAUUAAACUAUAGCUUGAGAUAUUGAUUCACUUUUUUUUGGGGCAA